UUCUCAGAUCGCCAUUAGUCGUUCCACGGCAGCUGUAGGAAAAUCUAUAGUGUUAAAAAAAAAAAUAAUACAAAUCAAAAUGAAGUUCAUUGCUGUUGUCUGUGUGGUGUUGUUUGCUCUCCUGGGAGUUGCCUUUGGCCUCAAGGAUCCUGUCUGUGGUCUGCCACCUGCUAUCGAUGGAAAUGGUCUUAUUAAGUGUGCUGCUUUUAUUCCAAAACACAGCUAUCAUGCCGAUAGUAAUUCCUGCAAGAGCUUCGUCUUUGGCGGCUGCGGUGGCAAUGCCAACAGUUUCGCGACCUUGGAGGAAUGCGAGGCCAAGUGCAAGGAAUAAUUCAAACAAUCUUGGAUAUAUUUGUGAAACUCUUUGAAAUAUAAUAUUCGAUAAAUAAAAUACUCUCAGCAAAUCAAA